AGCCGCACACGCUCGUGGAACGCACUUGGAUAGCUGAGCAGUUGGCGCUGGAGUAUCACCACCUGUUGUACCUUCACCUGUGCACCCCGUAAAGCCAAUCUAAUCGCAGUGAAAGUGGAUUUGCUGAUUAGGCGCCAAGCGAUAGGAGCACUGUAUUUACCGAUUGGAAUUCAAACCCCAACGCUUAGUCGUUCCACAAGUUUGGUGGCGAACGAGUGCGAAAACUAGCUGGCAGCCGGCAGCAUGGGCAUCAAGGUCAAGGAGACGACCCCACAGCAAAUCGAGGAGCUGCGCGAAAGGUUCAAUAGCAAAUAUGCCUCAGCACCGCCAGCAGCACCUUUCCACCCCACCGAUAUUGAUCGCAUUCGCAAUGAUCAUCUGUGGCUUCAGAGGUUUCUGGAAAUGCAUGAUCUCGACAUGGAGGCCUCCUUCACCAAGCUGUGGGAAACCUGUGCCUGGCGUCAGUCCUAUGGGGCCAACGAUCUCGACGAGAGCCAGUUGAACCAGGAGUAUCUGAGGGAGGGAUCGGUGUUUGUGCGCAACAGUGAUGUGGAUGGCAAACCGCUACUGGUAUUCCGCGUAAAGCUGCACAGUAAGUCCAAGAACUUGGACGAGCUGAUCCGCAUCGUGGUGUACUGGGUGGAGAGAACUCAGCGGGAGCAGCAUUUGACACAGUUGACCAUAUUCUUCGACAUGGCCGGCACUGGCUUGGCCACCAUGGAUCUGGACUUUGUUAAACGCAUUGUGGAGACAUUCAAGCUGUACUAUCCCAAUACCCUCAACUAUAUUUUGGUAUUUGAACUCGCCUGGGUGCUCAAUGCUGCUUUUAAGGUCAUCAAGGCACUGCUGCCACCCAAAGCAGUUGAGAUUUUAAAAAUGAUAUCGAAAAAGGACAUCAACCAGUACAUUACCAAAGACAACAGCCUGGCCAUCUGGGGUGGCGAGGAUAACUACGAAUUUAGCUUUGUGCCGGAGGCCAAAAAGGUUACUUCCAAACCGCUGGCUGCCAAUGCCGGCGAUGAUGAGCAAUUCGCGGACAAAAAGGUCACCUUCGUCGAUUCCGCUACCGUGGUGCUCAAGGAGUCCAACAUCAACGAGAUGCACACUCCAUGCGAGGGCAUGUUGCAUAUUAAUCCCAAGGAUUUUGUCAACUUCAAUUCGAAGAAUGCGGAGGCCACCAUGAGCAUCAAGUCUAUUGCCACCUCGGCAGUGACAUACAAGAUCCAAACCACAUCGCCGGAGAAGUUCCGUGUGCGACCGCGUUGCGGCAUUAUCCAGCCCAACCAGGAGGCCACUAUCAACAUAUGGCUGAAGUCGGAGCACAAGCUGAGUGACGACAGCAAGGACAAGUUCCUGGUGAUGGCCAUGAUCGCGCCAGGCGGUGAAUGCGGUGGCGCCGAUGUGACCGAACUGUGGCGGAGCAAAUUACCCACAUCUGCGGAUGUGGAGCAGCAUCGGUUGGUCUGUCGCUUCGAGGAGAGCAAGUCCAAAGCGCCGCUAGAUUGCGCAAACAAGGCCAGUAAGGCCAGCAUGGACUGCAACAAGAAGUCUGGUGCUGGCGUUGAUGCAGCUACGUCAAUGGAGCGCCAGUUGGCAUACACCCAGAACCUGCAAUAUGUGACGCUGGCGCUGUUGUUCCUGUUGUUUGCCGGCUUCGGAUUUCUAAUGUACCAGCAGUUGGGCCAGCACGCCUCUACCUGUCCCAAGACAACGGCGUAUUCGUGCGCCAAGCGCAAAUAAUAUUUACUUUCCCCGUGUAAUCUGACCAGGCAGGAGCUAGACAUUGCCGCUCGCGAUAGCCACAACAAUAACGAACACGACUGCGACUGUCCAGAGCUGGAGAACUGUGCCUGUGCUGUUGAUUUGAUGAAUUUGGGCUUGGACUGUGCAGAUACGUUGGACCAAUUCGAUGGCGAAUGCCUGGAGGCACUGAUCCAAGCGCAUCUGCAGCUGUGCCUCAGUUGUCGGGGCAGUACUGCUGAUCGACAGCUGGGCGGCGUUGCUGCCGGCGGCCAUCUGCUAGGACUCAUCGCAUUCGCAAGGAAGAUGGUGCGCGUCGUUCUUUCGCUAUCGCUGCUGUGCGGCAUCUUGUUCGUGAGCUUCUACCUGGGCAGCAACUAUGGCGGAAACUCCACCACCACCACUACCAUAACCACCUCCCUAGCCACAGUCGACUCAGGCAGAGGCAAUCGUCAGCCGUGUUACUACUCGUAGUGAAGCCAAAACCCACACCUAUGCAGGCCAGGGUGGUUCGAUUUGUCUAGCAGAAUAUGCAAUUUGUACAAUUGUGUACGUUAAUAAUCCAUUUUGACCCUCGCCAGGUAUGAACGACAGAUAUUAAAGCCUUCUUAGAUACUUCAAUGGUUUCCAGUCCUAAGAAA